AUGUCUUUCACUUACACGAGGGCACUGUGUAUACUCUCGCGAUCACUUGAGUUGCCGACUGAAGAGCCUUCGAAGACAGCUUGUGUGGUCUCGUCGCCAGAUGAGCUAUCUAAUGAGCUAUCUAAUGAGCUAUCUAAUGAGCUACCAAAUGAGGUACCAAAUGAAGAGCCUUCGAACAUUGUGCCCGAUGUACACACGGGUGAUGACUAUGAUUCGUCUUAUAGCGAUGAUGAUCUUAGUUAUACGACUUCUUUGCCCUCAUCGGUGCAAACCUUCCCAAUCGAAAACGGCCGAACAUAUCAUGCCUACAAGGAUGGCAAGUAUUGGGGAUCCAAUGACGAGGAAGCGAACGAACAUCUUACAGUUGGUCAUUUCCUUUACACAAAGACACUUGGAGGUCGUCCUUACCUUGCCCCGAUUUCCCCAAAUCCCACAAACAUAUUGGACCUUGGAACUGGUACUGGAAGCUGGGCCACUGACGUUGCAGACCAGCACCCAACAGCCAUUGUUACGGGGACAGACCUCUCGCCUAUUCAGCCUUCAUUCGUCCCCCCAAAUGUUCGUUUCGAGAUCGACGACGCGGAGGCCGAAUGGACGUUCCCCGAGAACUCAUUCGACUUCAUCCACAUCCGAGGUCUACAUGGCUCAGUCGAGGCGUGGCCAGGGCUUUAUGCUCAAUGCUUACGAUUUCUCAAGCCCGGGGGAUACCUUGAGCAAUCCGAGUAUUCACCGCAGUUCACCUCAGAUGACAAUACCAUACCGGAGGACGGGGGCAUCGCAGCUUGGAAUUCCGUCUGGCCUGAGUGCCACCAAGUCCUGGGAAGAGAAAUGCAAAUCCUCGAUGGCAUGAAGCAAUACAUGAUCGAUGCUGGGCUUCAAAGCGUCACAGAACACAAAUUCAAGUGGCCCCUGGGAGACUGGCCGAAGGAUCCAGUGUUGAAGGAUCUGGGUCUUUGGGCCAAAGCACACGCCGAGACUGGCCUCGAGAAUUGGACUUUGAGGCCCCUGACCAACCACCUUGGGUGGACAGCCGAAGAGGUCCAUGUAUUGUGCGCCAAGGAGAUGGCUUUAUGGUUUGAAAUCAGGCUUGAUACUGCGGCUUUCAGCCCCGCGAGCGACCGAUUGCUCGACCAGCAAUCGAUCCUUAUCCUUAUCCUUGAGGAACACUAUCAAAUCAAAGUCCUUUUAAGCUCUCACAACUGGCAUUGA